UUCGAAGCUGUAAGCUUCUGAUUCACACCCAGACCACCUCGCUGCAGGGACACAUUUUCUGGUGUCUUGUUACCUGCGAUUACUACACCUUAGUACUAACACUCAUCCUUCUCUUGUACCCUAGUCCGACAGUCGACCUCUAAGGUCGCCCUGGGAUUCGGAAUCUCACCAAAACAACGCCCAACCCGAUGCCCUCUCGCCGAGAUCUCCCACAGCGAUAUCCCGAGAACGAUUUGAGGCUCUAGAGAGAUUUCACAACCGCAUCAGUCGCAACCUAGCUCUUGAACAGGCUGCCUCCAGGGUGCUCGCUCGGUCCAGGAUGUCCUCCGGCUCUGACCGGUCUCUUCGCCGGCGAUUCAACCAGGAUUCUCAACCCUCUAGCAGCUUUUUGCCGCCUGCCAUUCCAAGUUCAACUUCUUCGACCCCUACACCACCCUUACUUCCGUCCCUUCGUUCGCUUGGCUCAAGGCUGCGACCCGGCAUGUCGGCGCCUGGAGGCCAGAACGGCCGCCCUUCCCGUUAUUCGCCCUUUGACCGGGCAAUAGAGAGGCACCGAACUUACAUGAACCCUGCCAGGGAGCGCAGCUACGUGACGCCCGGCGAGCUUCAAGACUCGUCCAGCUCUUCACAGCCUUCGCUCUUCGGUAGGAACACUCCUCCUGAGGAUAUGGAAGAACUAGAAAACUUUCGCCGCGCAAAGCGACGGAAGCUGGAUUCUGACAAGGUAUCGCCAAGUUACAAAAAUAUUCUGUAUGGAAAAUACGGCCAGGUGGAACCAGGUCCGCUUCUUUUGGAGAUCGUCAGCUGUGAUGGUGGCUUGUUCAGGGAUGGACGGGCCUAUGUGGCGGAGAACAUCCUGAAAGACGACGCUUCGGUUUAUUGCACAAGGACUAAUCGCUGCAACAUCAUACUACGACAUCACGGUGGUACUGUCUUCAGCUUGAAAGAGUUGGUCAUCAAAGCACCUGGUUCACAUUACUCUCAGCCGGUCCGAGAGGGCAUGGUGUUUGUUUCGAUGGAACAUGAUGACCUGUUGAAACGUACAGCGCAAUAUCAAAUUCAGUAUGAGCAACCAGCGAAUCCACGACCACGGACAUCACGCGACACUCCAACAAUCUACUCGGUCCGACACGACGAUGAUGGACGGAUCUACCCCUCGAGAUAUCGACGCGAUUACAUAUCAGAUCUGAUCAACACUAUAGAUGAUGAUGAUGACGAUGAUGAAGAUCAAGCAGCAGCCGCGCUACCUCCCGAGUUUUCGGCCGCAUCCCAACCGUUCAAUGUUACGACCGAAUGCAGUGAUGAUGACAGCGAAGGAGACGAAAAUCAUUUGCGUCGUAGGCGAACGCCCAACAGGAUUGGUGCUUUGCCUUUUGAAAGCGACAGUAGUGAUGACGGAAGAGACCCAUGGAACCCCAGCGGUUUGGACUGGACUGAUCUUACUCGUGCGCGACACUCUGCUAGUUGGCGUAACGAAUACGACACGGCAACCCCGGAACUUGAACGAGCUCGAGAAGCCUCGCAGGUGGCCACGCAAGAGGCGGUACGAGCCGUUGGCGGAGCGCUUAUGUCUCCGCUGGCCCAAUUCUACAUUGAGAAGGACAAGAACAAGUGUACCAUCAAGUUCGACCCGCCGGUGAGCGCGCGGUACAUCCUGCUCAAGAUGUGGAGUCCACAUCCUGACCCUCUCAAAAACAUUGAUAUCCAGGGGGUUGUAGCGAAAGGCUUUGCUGGUCCGCAGCUAUUUCCAGCCCAAACACUGCAAUGAGACUGAGUCAAAGAAGGUGAUCAGUUCUUGCAAAGCAUGCAUCAUCCGGCAAAACGGGGUCGGCAAUAUGAAUGUUCGAGUCGUCUUAAAACAGACUGGUCUCACGAGACUAGUGCUUGACGGUCAGCCGGGGGCAGGGGAGUUUGGAGUUUUGAUAUAAAUGCAUCUUGUUUAAAGGCGUCGGCUUCAUGGUACUUGGAUGAUGGCUUUCAACGGUCAUGGGAACUGGCAUCAGCGGGUUAUAUUGAGGUACCUUACGGCAUUAUGGCAAAGUGCGCUUUCUCAUCAACUGAACCAGAUGUUUCCCCAGCCAUAC